CUCCAUCCCCUCCGGUCACUCACCCCGACACCGGCCGCCCUAAGUUUCUUCCUCACCUACCUCGGAUCCGCGACGCCGACGGCUUCUUCCUCCCUCGGAUUUCCCGUCACUCCUCGGAUUCCCCUGCAGUUCAAGUUCCGGCCGGUGUCGGAGACGAAACGGCCUAUAUAUAGAUGGAGGAGAGGGCGGAGGAGAUCUGAGCAAGCCGAGAUUGCGCGCGCGCGAUGGGGAAAAAGCUACCCCCUUCUACUCCGGCGGCGGGAAGGCGGCGCAAAGGCCCCUCCUUGGCCCCGCUCUCUGCCUGCAAGCGCCGGCGGACCACUGAGGCAAGCGGCUGGGCUUCCCUCCCCACCGAUGUAGUUCACCUCGUCACCAGCCGCCUGCUGGCCGACGACGUGGUGGACUACAUCGUCUUCCGGGCCGUCUGCUCCGGCUGGCGCAGCUGCACGAGCGACGCGCGCGACCCCACCCUGUGCAAACCGGACCUCUGGCCGCGCGGCUGGGUCGCCCUCUGCGACGGCGACGGGGUACGCCCGGACGACGCCGGCGAGAUCAGCUUCUUCCACACGCGGACGGCCAGGCGCCUCCGCGUCCGCCUGCCGGAGCUCCGGCGCCACAGGAUCGUCGGCUUCACCCAAGGACUGAUCAUUCUUCUGAACAAACGCACCGCCGCCGUCCGGGUGCUGCAUCCCUUCACGCGGGUCGUGGUCGACCUCCCGUCCCUCGUCCCUGUGUUCCACGACGCCGUCAGGAACCGCAACUCUCUGCUUGACAUGAAUGCCGCGGUCUGCAGCGCGUCGUCCGCGGCGACCUCCAUUGCCGUGGUGGCCUGGUUCCCCUGGACGCGCGUGGUGAUCGGCGCCGAGGCUGGCCGCCCAACUUGGGAGGUCCUCCACCGAGGGCUCUUCCUUAGGAGCAUCCUGCCCUUCCAAGGAAGGCUUUACGCCACCGUCGCCAUGGGUGGCUCAAGAGAGAUCAUGCAGCUGUACCCGAGAUCACCACAUCCUGUGCUUGCUCAUGUUCCAAAUGAUUUUGGUAAUCCGAGCCUAUGCAACUACUUCCUCGUAGAGUCCGGUGGGCGAGUGCUGCUUGCCGUCCACCAUUUAACUGCACAACAUUGUGGCGUGGAGCCCUUCCAGCAAAAUGCCUAUAAGCUCUUUGCGUUGGACAUCGACCGCGGUGAGCUGAUCCCAGUGAACUGCCUCGGUGGCCACGCGCUGUUCCUCAACAGGGACCUCCCUUCUGUGAGCAGCGACUCCAUUUACUUCUCUUUGCGCCGUGACCCUGUUGUGGUGCACUCCAUAAGGACAGGUUUCUCUGAGCGGAUAGGAUCCGACCCUCCGUGCGCCCUUUCACCAUUGCCGACCAUCUUCUAACCUACUGCCAUCCUCAUGAGUGGACAAAAGGACUCAUGUUUCAUGAGUACCACUCUAUACCUGAAUCUUUCGAGGAAUUGACCAAGAACAUCAAGGCAAAAAAUUCUGAACUACGGAUUCCUCGCAUUGCGGUUCGUUGAUUGGAAGGAAGAAACAGGGCCACAGCACUUCACACUGGCCAGUGAAUAAUGCCAAUAGACAGUUGACGCAUAAUUCCCUUGCUGGCUCAGUUGGGAUCUUUGUGUGGCUAGGCCAAUUCAUUGGUGGCUCCCAACGCAACGCGCACAAAUCUUUUGAAUUUGGUUAGGCAGCAGUUUGUCUAUGCUAUGCAUAUAGUUCAAAUUUGAACUAAAACCACGACGAGUAAUUUGGAACGGAGGGAGUAGAUUGGAUCCGUCGAACAUGGGCUCAUUGCACCCUAAGGAUAUACACAAUGUGAUAAUUAUCGGAUUUACUUCCCCUUUAAUCUGCAUGCUGUUUAGGAUCAAAUUGCAUAUGAUGUUUGUACUUGAACAAGGCAACUUGCGAUUAACAGAAUCCUACUAAUGUAGGAACAAUGUCUCUGUUAUCAGCAUUUAUGGCCUUAUUUUGAUGUUUUUAAACCAUAUAUGAUUGAAGAGCCUUAUCUUUUUCUGUAUGUGAAUAACAAUGCCGAGUUGUGGAAACAUAUGCAGAAGGGCGAAAAAUCUGGUGUUUGUUUGGAUUCUUGAGACAUCGGCAUGUUUAACUAUGAUUAUGUUCAAAUAUAUCUGCUGUUAGGAUAAGGAAAAAAAAUCCAACCUCAACACAAUCUAGAGGUGUGCUGUU